ACACGCUUGGUUACAGUAAAUAGAAUGAAGAUUCUCGAAACGAUCCAGAUAGCAGAUUGAAAGUUCGUGUGUUUAGUUCUGGUCAACUGACGUUUUUAGGCAUAUGAUGCAUGAUAUAAGUUUUAUAGAAUGGUGAAGGUUAUGCACGGGUUUACGUUCAUAAAGACUUGGAAGAAGGUAGGCCUACGAAGGUGAACGAGGUAAAGCUGCUUCUUGUGCUAACCAUCAUGGCGGUCUACAGAGCUGAGUUGCUCUCGAAUGCAUCUCAGACGGUUUGGUAUAAUCUCCUGACUGCUUUAAGCCUAAUUUUACUCAUCGGAAUAUGUGGAGCACAAAAUAACAUGUGUCCUUCUAGUUGUUCAUGCUUGGGAAAUUUCGUCGACUGCAGCAGACGUGGUCUUAUUGAAAUACCUAAAGAUUUACCUGUUUGGGUGGAAUACUUAGAAUUACAGUACAACGAUUUGACAAAUAUUCAAGAAAAUGCUUUUGAGGGAGUACCUAAGCUUAAAAGCUUGGACCUCAGCCACAAUCAGAUCAGACUGAUAAAUUCAACAACGUUUGGAAACCUGCAAUAUCUAGAAGAACUGAAAGUCAAACAUAAUCAUUUGAGCGAUAUACCAGAUUUGGGAGUACAGCAGAGGUUGAAGACACUUAGUCUAAACCAUAACGAGAUCUAUACGAUAACUAUCGCAGUUUUGGAGAAAUAUAAAAACCUGGAGAUGUUAGACCUUGACCAUAACAAGAUAGUAGUCAUCCCUGUUGGUUCAUUUCCUAAGGAAACAGUACUUAUUCAUUUGAACCUCAAUAAUAAUCGGAUAGUUAAUAUUGAAGAAGGUGCAUUUGAUAAUCUUACCUCGCUGGAAACGCUGAAGCUAAACAAAAACAGAGUCUCUGAAAUUCCAAAGAAUCUGUUUAAGAGACUACAUACCCUGAAGCAUCUUGAACUUAAUAAGAACCACAUCCAGAAGAUUGAAGGACUAAGUUUUCAAGGCUUGGAGUCUCUACAGGUUUUAAAACUGAGAAGAAAUGGAAUAGAACAGCUUUCAGAUGGAGCUUUCUGGGGACUUCAUAACAUUCAUCACUUACAUCUGGACUAUAACAAUAUCAGACAUGUGAAAAAAGCCUGGUUAUACAAAUUAUCAUCACUUAAGUCACUAUCACUAACACACAAUAAAAUAUAUGAAGUGGAAGAAGAAGGAUGGGAAUUCUGUGAUCAUCUGAAGGAUCUGAACCUGAAGCACAACCAACUGAAGACUAUUACCAAGUAUACUUUCUCCAAAUUGUUCAAGCUUCAUGUACUGGAUCUUGAAUAUAAUAACAUAUCUUAUAUUGAGGAUAGAGCCUUUGAGCACCUGACUUCUCUACAAAUCUUAAAACUAGACAACAAUGAGAUUUCUUGGACCAUUGAAGACACAGAUGGUGCUUUUUCUAACCUGACUAGUUUGGUGGAACUGGGGCUAGCUAACAAUAGGAUUAAGUCCAUUGCUAAGAAAGCAUUUGUUGGACUAAAUAGCUUACACUCACUGGACCUGACUGGAAAUCCUGUUACAGCAAUUCAGGAAAAUUCUUUUCAAAGUCUACAGAAUCUACAGGAAUUGAAAUUCAACACUAGUAGUCUGCUUUGUGAUUGCUCCUUAAAAUGGCUUUCCAAAUGGUUAAUAAUUUCAGGGUUUAGUCACACUGUCACUGCCUACUGCGGUCAUCCUGAGUCACUAAAGAACCAAAGUAUCUUUACAGCCAACCCUGAAAACUUUACAUGUGAUGAUUCCCCUAAGCCAUACAUCACUGAGAACCCUCAAACACUGACAGCUCUUCAGGGAGAAAACACCACACUUGUAUGUAAGGCAGCCAGCUCUAAGGAUACCCCUGCUAUUUUCCAGUGGAGAAAGAACAACAAGAUUACUGUUCAUGUGUUUCCAGUGUUCACAAAAACACCGAUUGAUGUCACAGUGAAAGCUGGCAGCACUGCCAGGCUGGAAUGUGCUGCUGUUGGGUAUCCCUUGCCAGAGAUUGCUUGGCAGAAAGAUGGAGGGGACGACGACUUCCCUGCAGCUCGGGAACGCAGAAUGCACGUGAUGCCUUCGGAUGAUGUCUUCUUUAUUGUUAAAGUAAAAACUAGUGACAUGGGCACGUACAGUUGUACAGCCAAAAAUGAUGCAGGUGUGAUCAUGGCAAAUGCUACAUUAACUGUUUUAGAAACCCCAACUUUUGUAAAACCUAUGGAUGAUAAAGAAACACGAGUAGGAGAAACAGCAGUCUUGGAGUGUAUGGCUGCUGGUAGUCCUAAGCCAAAUCUGGCAUGGCUGAAGGAUGAUGCUCCUCUGGUUCCAACUGAGAGGUACUUCUUUACAGCCGACAGCCAGUUGUUGAUUAUUGUCCAAACUAGAUUGUCUGAUAGCGGCAAGUACGUCUGCAACAUGUCUAACACGAUGGGAUCAAAGUCAGAUUCUUCGUACCUAACAGUCUUACCAGCAACGAGAGGAGGAGCAGGUGGUUUAGAAGAUGAUAACACUACAACAGGGAUUAUUAUCAUCUCAGUUGUAUGCUGUGUAGUUGGGACUUCUCUUGUUUGGGUAAUAAUCAUCUAUAAGACCAGGAAGAGGGGAGAUGAUUAUCCACCAACCAAAACCGACGAGACUACCUUGCCGUGUGAUAAGAUAUCCCCUUAUAAUUCAUAUCCCCACGGUACUGUUGAAGAAUACAAGAACUCAACUGCUCACCUGUUUUUAGACAAUAAUUCUGAGCAUUCAAGUCGUGACAGUGGAACUGGUGACAGUUCUAAACAGAGCAGUGAUGAGCUCCUUCCUUUAGACGAGAAUUCUGGCCAGGUCUUAUUGUUUCCCCAUAAAAGAACCACCAUGCCACACUUUGGGUCAAGUAUGGUUAGUAUGUUAGGUCAACAGAGCAACAUAUCUGUAGACACAGUGCAAAGUUCUUCAAGGACAAGCAGCAGGCAACAUAGGGCACCACUUUUACACACAUUCCACACCCACCCUAGGGGGGACAAGUUAUGGAGAGGCCAUCCUAUCUCUGCUACGAACCAGGCCAUGGAUGAAGAAGAUGGGUUACACAGGCCACCAGGUAAUCAAUGUCACUGGCCUGUGGAAGAAACAAAACGCUCUCUUUCAGUUGGUCAUCUUGCAGUAAAUCUAGAGCAUCAUUCCAUUCCAAAUUCCAGUCACAGCUGCAGAAGUAUUUAUCAGAAAUACCAAGAACUAUCGGAAGGUGAUGUAACAGACAGGAAAUUGGGCUUUGGAAUUUUACAUCACAAUGGUGAACCAAAAUCUGCAGACAGUUGCAGCACGUGCUCCUUAAAGCACAGCAGGGUUUCAAAAGAGAGACAGAACGACAGUGGCAGUUUUUCACUGGACUGUGAAGAUCAACGUCUAGUUUGCCAACCACUUCUACAUAGUCAACGGAAAAGUCAUUUCCUGCAAGAGCCAGGGGCAUCUUUAUCUCAGGUUCAAGCAACUCAUAGGCCCACCUCUCAAGUGGGGGUUGCGUAGCACUUCAUUAGCGUUACUGCAGCUGUGUUUCCGAGUGAUUUGAAACAAGUUCUUUAUGACAAAUGUGCCAUAAAGACAAAUAUGUACAUAAACUGGUUUGUAAUUUUAGCAUUACAGGAGUAUAAAUUAAUGAGUGUUAUAAGAAUGCCAAGGCUUUGUGGCUCUUUAUUAAUCAGUGUGUACUUGUACAGGAGAAUUAGUUUUGCCAAAUGUACCGAUGGAGGAAGCCACAUGUAUGUAUGUUGUAUAAAUAAUCACUGUACAGCAUUUUAAAUCCUUUAUAAUAUUCAUAUAUAGACUUUCAACUAAAUAUAUGUAUACUGUUAACUAGAGCAUGAUAGUGGUUAUUAUUUAGCUAUGCCUGCAAAUAGUGUUAUAUCUUAAAAUUUUGUUUUGUAUUUCAAGAAAUCUCCACCUGGAGAAUAUAUCAGAUUAUUAUUUUGUCUUUUACCAUCCUAAGUCAAGAUGUUAUGUGCCAAACCAGAUAUGUUUGUUGUUGUUUUACUGUUCAUAGAAGAAAAAAAAUAUUCCAUCACAAAUUUUUAGACAGUGGCUUGUAUAAUUUUCACUAUAACAACUCACAUUGCCUAUUUAAAUUUAUAACUGAGUAAAGAAUGAAUGUUUCAUUAAGUUAUAUAAUUCAAAAUGCCCUAGAAAAGCAUUAUAACAUUUUCCUUGAAAAUAACAAGUUCUGGUUGUGUGUGUGUGUUUUAUUCCUGUUUCUUAGUUUUAAGGCUUUGAAUGAUUGCUCUUAUGACUACUUUAGUUUCCAUUCAAAAUACAGCUUACAUGGAUGAUUUGUAAUAUACCUCAGCAUAAAUUAUGACUGUCAUUAAAUAUUUUAAUUUGUCUUUAGUGAGAGACUUUUACAGUUGGUAGAUGCGUGCUGGCACCCGUUUAAGUCACAAGCAGUAAAUAUUAUGGUUUAAAAUUGUAGUUUUCUUGUUGGUUUUAGUAUCAUCUUACCUCCUUUUUUUUUAAAACAUGUAUCUCUGAGAUGUAUCAUUUUGCCAUGAACUGAAGGUGAGCUCACGAAGCCUGGUUUGCACAGAAUUGUAAAGAGAAGAUAUUCAUUGUGCAUUACAUGAAUAGAUGAUGGUGGUUCACUCUUCCAAGUUAUUAUGUUGUUUAAAAAUGUUUAACUGCUAACUGAUUAAAAAUACUAGUAAAUUUAUUACAUAAUUAACAAUAGACAACCAUUAGUAAAUUAACUCUAAUAACAGCUGUCAUUAUAUUCUACUUAAUACAAUGUGCAAUUCCUAUUGCCUCACUCUACUUACUAACUAACUAUAGCUGUCAGUAAAUUCUUCUACUUAACACAGAGUAUAGGAAACAGUAAGGUUUACCAACAACACAAUUAAUUCAGCUUAACACAAAGUAUAGAAAAUUGUUUUUACCGACAAUUCAUUAUUCUGCUUAACACACUGUACAGAAAAAAAAAGUUCACUGUCAACAGCUGCAAGUUAAAUGAUUUACUUAACACAGAGAACAGUAAAUGUUUAUUGACAACCCACAUAAUUCUU